AAUUGCUAUUUCAAAAUCGGCUACAAUCAGGAACCUGACCGCAUUGCUAGAGAACAUCUGCAUUGCGGCAGGCUACGCUGACCAAGCCGGACAUUUCUAAAGAGGAGGCUCACUUCUACUGCCAAAAAAUUGAAAAGGAGCGCAGAUACAGCAAAAAUGGCUAUGGUCAAGAAGGUCGAUGAGGAGGAUGAGCAGAUCAUCAAGCCGGAGGCAGCAACGCCCAAUGUCAACACCAGCGACUGGCCGCUGCUUCUGAAGAAUUGGGACAAGCUCCUGGUCCGAACCGGCCACUUUACACCCAUCCCAGCAGGUUGCACGCCUUUGAAGCGCGACCUCAAGUCCUACAUUUCCUCCGGUGUCAUCAAUCUCGACAAGCCGUCUAACCCAUCCUCGCACGAAGUCGUCGCAUGGCUGAAGCGCAUACUGCGCGUGGAAAAGACUGGUCACUCGGGUACUCUCGAUCCCAAAGUGACAGGAUGUCUGAUCGUCUGUGUCGACCGCGCAACAAGACUAGUCAAGAGUCAACAGGGUGCUGGUAAGGAGUACGUCUGCGUUCUCCGACUGCACGACAAGCUUCCAGGUGGACAGGCACAGCUUGCACGGGCCCUGGAGACGCUCACUGGUGCGCUUUUCCAACGACCGCCGCUCAUCUCUGCUGUCAAGCGACAGCUUCGUAUCCGUACCAUCCACGAGAGCAAGCUGCUGGAGUUCGACAACGACCGACAGCUUGCCGUGUUCUGGGUGUCUUGCGAAGCUGGUACAUACAUCCGUACUCUCUGCGUACAUCUUGGUCUUCUCCUUGGUGUUGGUGGACAUAUGCAAGAGCUUCGCCGUGUGCGAUCCGGUGCUAUGGACGAGCAGGACGGCAUGGUCACGCUACAUGACUGUCUCGAUGCUCAGUGGCUCUACGAUAACCAGCGCGACGAGUCAUACCUCCGCACUGUCAUUAAACCCCUCGAAACUCUGCUGACCACCUACAAGCGCAUUGUCGUCAAGGACUCCGCAGUCAAUGCAGUCUGCUACGGUGCCAAGCUCAUGAUUCCAGGCCUUCUACGAUACGAAUCAGGUAUUGAAGUGCAUGAAGAGGUUGUCCUCAUCACUACCAAGGGCGAGGCCAUUGCGCUUGCCAUCGCACAAAUGAGUACUGUCGAGCUCUCUUCAUGCGAUCAUGGUAUCGUUGCCAAGGUCAAGCGCUGUAUUAUGGAACGUGAUCUCUACCCAAGAAGAUGGGGAAUGGGACCAAUUGCCACCGAGAAGAAGAAGAUGAAGGAGAGCGGCAAGCUUGACAAGUUCGGACGACCAAACGAAGCGACUCCAGCUUCGUGGAAGCAGGAGUACAAGGACUUCAACGAGACUAACGGCGUUGAAGGCAGCGAAAAGCUCAGAAUACAACCCAAGACUGAAGCCCAAGCAGCAGAAGGUGCCGCCGUCAAGGAGGGCAUCAUCGGCAAGAGCAGCACACAGACAAAGAAGGAAGAUGUGGAAAUGGCCGAGGCCGUCCCAGCUACUGGUGCUUCAGCCGGAGAGCUCGACACCAAGGAAGUCAAGAAGGAGAAGAAGAAGCGCAAGCAUGACGGUGAAACAGCUGAAGAGAAGGCCGAGCGCAAGGCUAAGAAGAAGGCCAAGAAGGAAGCCAAGAAGAAGCGAGAGUCGGCAGCCGCUGACGAUAGCGACGACAGUGACUGAGCUGGUUCUUGAUUCUGAUUGCUUUCUGGGAUGUGUUCAAUUUUGCGGCCAAAGGCACGGCGAAUGUUCGACUACUAUGGUAUGCUUACUUCUAGCGGCGCUACAUGGCUCUGUGUACAGUACGCUAUCGCGCAUAGGCGCUGGUGGCGUUCUUUGAGUUUUGGAGAGACAUGGCGUUCAAAGAAGAUGAUUUACGUGUUCGAGGACCUUAGAUACCAGGAAGGUGGAUCGAAUGGAAAUGCAAGAAUAAGUGUUGGACGAGAUCAG